CAAUUCGAAAAAGUUAGCCUGCCACUCGCAACAUGGCGGACGCACUGACGUGUCGUUCCUCAGGAUAAACGAAGCCAGAGCGGCAUCUAACUCUUCUGUGUCUUUGGUCGGUCAAAGUAUCCAACGCUGACCUGCUCGUAGCGUACUAACCUUACGCACUAAACCAAAGUUUGUCCGCAAUGGCAGCACGGAACAUAUCUCGGUUCUGGGAAUGGGGACGGAAAAUAAUCUGCGUCGGCAGAAACUACGCAGACCACGCCAAAGAGCUAAAAAACGCCAUUCCCACAGAGCCUGUCCUGUUCCUGAAACCCCCAUCUGCCUAUGUGAGAGAGGGCUCCCCCAUCCUGGUGCCUCUGUACAGCAGCAACCUGCACCACGAGGUGGAGUUAGGGGUGGUCAUCGGCAAAGGGGGCACAGCCAUCCCCCAGUCCGCCGCGAUGGAGCAUGUGGCGGGCUACGCGCUGUGCUUGGACAUGACGGCCCGGGACAUCCAGGACGAGUGCAAGUCCAAGGGUCUGCCCUGGACCCUGGCCAAGGCCUUCAACACCUCCUGUCCUGUCAGCGACUUCAUCCCCAAGGAGCGCAUCCCUGACCCGGGGAACGUCAAGCUGUGGCUGAAGGUGAACGACCAGCUCCGACAGAGCGGCUGCACCUCGCAGAUGAUCUUCUCGGUGCCCUAUCUGAUCAGCUACAUCAGCGACUUCAUUAGUCUGGAGGAGGGGGACCUCAUUCUGACCGGGACCCCUAAAGGGGUCUCCGCCGUGCAGGAGCACGAUGAGCUGCAGGCUGGCAUCGACGACAUAGUUUCUAUGAACUUCAAAGUGGAGAGACCAGACCAUUAGGGAAGAAGAAAUGCACAGACUGGUCGAGAGAAACCAGCAGGUGGCAGUACAGAGCCACUGAUUAUUUGGUUUAAUCAGGAUUGGAUUAAUUUAUAGAUUGCUGUGUGAUCAGGUUAAUCUUUCCAGCACUCUCUUAACAUCUGCUGUACUGUAAUCUGAACUCAAAUCUGGAUCAGGGAUGUAAAAACAUUUUUCAGUGAAAAAUGACUUACUUAAUCAACAGUUGUAAAGAUUAAGAUACACGUUUGUUAAAUAAGAAUUACAAGUAAAAUUAAUAAUUUCAUUUUGCAAUGCAAUUCACUGCUCUCCCUUGCAAUGCAAUGGCAGGCCCCAAUGAAUAAUUAAAUUCACAUGUGGUUCCUAUUGUUUCCAUGCGAGGGUUACUUUUUUCUUUUUGCUUUGUGAUGAACUGUUGAGUACGUAAGGAUACCAAAAAAUUGUAUACCAACCUAAUUUUUUUUUAGAUAUUUCUGAAAUCCCCUCUUCAAUACAUUUCCGUUUUUCCAAGUAAUGGGUGUUACAUUGAUAGAAAAUGUAAAGAAAGAUUAUACAUUUUGAAAUUGCUAAACCCUGUGUAUAAUUCAUGAUAUUAUAAAAACCUUAUUUCAAAUAAGAUACUUUGCUUUCGUAUCAACAAAUUCCAUUAAAAACAUCAGUUUUUUUAUACA